AUUUCAGAGCACAGUGAGAGGGGCUUGCUGCAGGCUCUCUUCUUUCGAGCUCCAUUUUGUAGCAGUGGCAGAGGGAGCAGCUAUAGGCUGAGAUUUUCGAUUUAGUCGAAAGGGAAAGUUCUUUGCAAGGAUUCAAGAUGCCCAUGUUUGUUAUUAACACCAACGUGAGCAAGGAUGCAGUGCCAGAGAGCCUGACUGGGGAGAUCACCCAGCAGCUAGCAAAGGCUACAGGCAAGCCUGCCCAGUACAUAGCUGUGCACAUUGCAGCUGAUCAGCUUAUGUCCUUUGGGGGCUCCACCGAUCCCUGUGCCCUUUGCAGCCUUCACAGCAUUGGAAAGAUAGGAGGACAGCAGAACAAGAGCUAUACCAAGCUGCUAUGUGACCUGCUCACUAAACAGCUGCACAUACCUGCAGACAGAGUCUACAUCAACUACUAUGAUAUGAAUGCUGCUAAUGUGGGCUGGAAUUGUUCCACCUUCGCAUAGGGCACUCCCAUGUGAGCAAAGAGGCUAUUCCUGGACCUGCACAUCUCCUGCCUGUUAGCAGACCAUGGCACAAAUUGCUCUUCCCUGCACUUUGUGCACUGUCACGGAUGACGGUUCCUUGCUGGUGUGUUCACAUUACUGUUUUAACAUUCCUUUUGUUUUCUACAUAUAGAAAACUAAUAAAGAUUUAGAAGGAAGUGCCAUGGUGUGAGCCUAACAA